AUGUACCAUAUUCAUCGACUAUUAGUUCCUAUACAGUCAAAUAGUGUGUUUUUCUCCUUGUCACAACUACCGAAAUCCUCACUAAUAGGUUGUCGUUAUAAAUCAAAUAAUGUCCGAUAUCAAUACAGCAAAAAACCUUUGAAAAACUCGAUUCUUCACAAUUUGGGUUCAUCUUCAAGUAGUACUGAAUCCGAGAUUUUGAACAAGCUUAAGCCAAUAACACCAAAUGACUUGUACGUUUCAUGCACAAGUUUUGACCGACUAGGAAAUAUUACAGCCGUGUCCAGAAAAUACCCCAAAAUGCAAUUCCUUAAAGAAAACCAUUUAUUUCCUAGAGAUUUGAGAAAAAUAGAUACUUCAUCUAUUGAUGUUGUUCCAGUAAUUAUGAUUCGGCCUUCAAGUGCGAUAUUAGUCAAUCUUUUGCAUAUUAAAGCAAUUAUAAAAAAAGACAAUGUUAUGGUGUUUGAUACAUCCAAGAGCGAAGUAGCAACAAAGUUGGGAAUUUUCAUGUAUGAUUUGGAAUUGAAAUUAAAAUCUCCAGGUAACAAUGUUUGUUAUGAAUUUAGAGCAUUAGAAUCGAUAUUGGUUAGUGUUACUAGUUAUUUAGAAGCUGAAAUUAAGUUACAUCGACAGCAAUGUGGGAUCAUUUUGGCAGAAUUGGAAGAUGAAGUUGAUAGAACAAAAUUACAAGAAUUAUUGAUUCGUCUGAAAAAAUUACUGAGCUUUCACCAACGAGCCAUCUUAAUUCGUGAUGUAUUGGAGGAAUUAUUAGAAAAUGACGAGGAUUUAGCAGGAAUGUAUUUGACUGACCUCAAAAGAUUCGAACCUGAAGAAGAAAAUUAUGAAGAAAUAGAACUGAUCUUGGAAAGUUAUUACAACCAAUGUGAUGAAUAUGUCCAACAAGCUGGUAGUCUAUUAAGUGAUAUCAAAGCAACAGAAGAAAUUGUGAAUAUUAUACUAGACGCAAAUAGAAACUCGUUAAUGUUGUUUGAACUAAAAAUAACAGUUUAUACUUUGGGAUUCACUGUGGCUACAUUAGUGCCUGCAUUUUAUGGAAUGAAUCUUAAGAAUUAUAUCGAGGAAACAAAUUGGGGAUUUGGAUUGGUAUUAGUGGUAUCGUUAUUGCAAGGAUUAGCAAUAACUUGGUUAAAUUUUAGAAAGUUGCAUAAAGUGCAAAAAUUAACAAUGAUGGGUACAAGUAACACGAGUAAGGCAGGCAAUAGUUUAUCUCGUCAUAUUCCUGUUGGCUCACAUGUAGAUAGAUGGAAAAGAGGAUCUUUUCUCUAUCGGUUGUUUUAUGGCUCAGGUGGGAAGUAUUCAAAAUCUAGCAAGAAAUUUGAUAUGCCCACAAAUAGAGAAAAGGACGCGAUGUGGAGAAUGAUUAAUGACGAUAAAGCCAUAAAAUAG